AUGCCUCUCACCGUCCUGACCGACGCCGAGGUGCGCCGAAUACUCCUCGCACUCACCAAAGAGGAUGCGGAAGGACUGCAACAAAACCUCGCUGAAGCCCUCCAUUCAUACUCUACCGGAGACACGAAUUCGCCAUGCUGUUCGUCCUUUCAGCCGACGCGGACGGCCAUCAAGAAGAACGGCGUAACCACGCUGUUCAUGCCCGCUUCUACCGGGACCACGGUUGGCAUGAAGAUUGUGUCGGUGGAGCAGCCCGAUGUGCCGGCACAUAGUAAGCAGUCGUCCGUGUCAUCAGCCGCCUCAAGCAUCCACGCGGCCACACCGUCAAGCACGUCCGGAACGUCAGGCUUGAAAUCUCCCAUUUCCGAGUUCGGCAACAUGACCUUGACUCCGGCGUCUACCACGUCGGUGGGCAGCAGGGAAUCCAUUGACGGCGCCUCGUUUGAACCCCCAGUGUCUCAGGCUAGUUCGCAGAACACUACACCCAGGGGAUCUGUCACAAUACUCGACGCCACGGGAAACCCGGUGGGUAUCAUCAACGCAGAAGAGCUUACGGCGUUCAGGACGGCAUUAGCGGCGACCAUCAUGCUGAAGAGACGACAACACGUGCACACCAUCACGAUCUUCGGCGCCGGCAGGCAGGCAUAUUGGCAUAUCAGAUUGGCAUUACUGCUCAAAGGCGACCAGAUUCGGCAUGUCAACAUCAUCAACCGCACCUUUGCCAGGUGCAUCAAGUUGAUGAAAGCGUUCCAGAUAUCCGAGGAGUCUCAUGAAGAAUGGCGGCGGGAAAUCAAGUUCUCGGCCAUGAGCCCCGAGUUCGGCGAAUACGGACGGCUGCUCAAGGAGGAAGUGCGGAAAGCCGAUGUCAUCUUCUGUUGCACACCGUCGGUCGAGCCGCUGUUUCCGGCCGAAUUCUUGACCUCCCGUGAAGGCGAGAGGAAGGGGAGAUAUAUCUCGUGCAUCGGCUCGUACGCGCCUCACAUGUGCGAGAUCCAUCCGGAUGUGUUCAAGAGGGCGGUCGAGCCUCACUACGGUCACCGUCAUCACCACAAGCAUGCCAAACAAGGAGGAGUCAUCAUCGUCGACAACCUCGAGUCUUGUCUCAAGGAGGCCGGGGAAGUCAUCAAGGCAAAACUGAAACCAGAACACCUCGUCGAGAUUGGCGAGCUGAUGAUGAUCAAAAAGGCCGCUACGAAGGAACUCGAGCUGGGAGGGCCCGGCGAACAGGGGCUGGUGGACUGGCUGUCCAGGGGCAAUGUCAUCUACAAGAGUGUUGGCAUGGGGCUGAUGGAUCUGGUCGUCGCGGGUGAUUUGAUCCGGAUUGCCAGGGAGACAAAUGUCGGGACGACCGUAGUGGACUUUUAG